AAAGAAAAAACAAAUAUCGAAAUUCUUCUCAAGCACGAAUCUGAUUCUUCUUCUUCUCCCCCUCUCUACGGCUGCUGAAACGAUUUCGGCGACCGAGUACGAGGCGGCGAGAUCACGAUUAUAAGGUGUCAAAUAAAAAUCCAGUCUGGAGCCAUGAGCAUGGCGACGAGGCCUUCAUCUUCAGCCGCAGCCACUGUCAUCUUAGAAAACCCGAAUGCCAAAUCAUCACAACUGCCAUUGGUGCUUAGACUUAACCGAAAGAAGAAGAAGGUUACAUGGAAGGAAGGGACAAUAGACAACGAGUUCAUGCAGAAGAAGAGCUCCAAGAAGUGUUGCAUCUUCCACAAGGAUAAGCCUUUUGACGAGGACGACAGUGGAGAAGAAGAUAACGGCCAUGACCAUCAUCAUCAUGGUCAUGAUCAUAAACAUGACCAUGGUGAAUCAUGUGGUGCCUCCUCGUCUAACGAUUCCAAAAACCAUUUUGAUUGAUCAAAGGGUGGAUUUUUGUAUCACCCGAUAUUAGAAAUUUAAAAUGAUUGAAGUUUUAUGGGUAGAUCCUGGUUGGAUCAUAUAUGUAAAUGUAAUUUGCAAAACACUACAAUGAGACAUGUGUUAUUGCAAUUUGUA